CGUGGACAAGUUCGAUACUAUUAUAACAAUGGCAUCCGAAACCCCUGUGGGAGGACAUCUUAUAGCCGGCCAACAGAGACUUCUAAUUGAGGAACUCGUGGAUAAAUUUACUGUUGAUGAGUACUAUAAACGCAUACCAAUCUCUUACGGAGUCGAACUGCAGUUUAUGAUUCCCGUUCUAACAGCAGGCAACCCAGAUCCACAUAAUGAUGACUUCCGCAAGGUCGCCGUUGUCCCUCCCGAAACUACAUAUGAGCAAAAAGAAGACAUAGUUCGCGACGAAGUCCUACGAAUCCUCCGUGAAGAGGUAGGGGUGCCAGCGUGGACACAUCCUGGUCCUCCAUACCCGAUUCGCGCAACAGUAGACAUAAUGGACGCAGAGUCCCGAGCUGUUUCGGGUAUGGACCAGUACAGCCAAUGGGUCGUGACGACCGACCGGGAAUUAAUCCCGAAGCCAGAAUUCGCCGUGUUUUAUUCCUGGGUAGGCGUAAAAGUCAGGUCUAACAAACGAGUCGUGAGCUGGCCAAAUCAUUUUGAUGAAAUCGCACAGGCUAUAGUAGCUCUACGCUAUAAUCUCCGUAUGCGCCUCAGACACACAACAUUUUUAUCUGUCCAUGUAGGCGAAUCGUGGUUUGAUCCUAUGACAUAUGAGAUGGGGCCUAGGUUCUUCAGAGUAUUCUGUACGCUAUGGUGGUUUCUUGAACAGCAUGUGAUGGAUCUCGUGCAUCCAUCUCGUCGAACGAGCCCUCAUUGCCAACCUAUAGCGGAAAAGUCGCGUCUUGCCCGUAUGUCCGGCAUGGAUGUAUCAAAGGAGUUAUCGGAGGAGGGAAUGUUCCCAGCAAAUUUUAAGCAUUCUUAUGAGCAGAUACUCUACAUUGCUCCGCCCAGCCUUUUCCUUCAUGGCAUAGAAUGGGAGCGGAUCAAAACCAUCUGGUACGCAGAAGACGCCGAUACAAUUUGUCAGAAGAUGACAGUGCCAGUAACAAAAGAGAUCACCAUGUCAAUACCUGCAGGUGGGGACACAACGUUUUUUCGGACCGAGAGUAGAGGUAGUGUUGGUUUCCAGGGCUUCACGAAGAACGCCACCCCCGAGGAUCGUUGCUCACACAAUGAUGGAGAGACCGGUACGGUCGAAUUUCGAUGCAUGGAAGGUACUCUUGAUCCACUUUUAAUACUGAACUGGUUGGCAGUUGUUAUUAGGAUAUAUGAUUUCUCGCGGCGAGGUAAUACAGCUGACAUUAAGGCUCUAAUUCAAAGGGCAAGAGGAGCUGUUCCUUAUGAUGGCUUACAACUACUCGAAGACCUUGGUCUUCCCGAACAGUUUGAAUACUUCCAAGAGAAGAUUCGUAACCAUUGGAAAGAGAUUGAUAUAGAUCAUGGUCAUGAUAUGUUCGUUGGUCGCUAUGGCGAACCAACAAGGAAGGGUGUAAAGUGGGUAGUCCUUUGAAUACAUAUUUCUGAUAGUGUUAUAUAUAUAGAGCUUCCAUGUGCUAAAAGGGGUAUCGAGAUAGAGGAUAUGCCAAGACGGCAGAUUCCAUAGACCCUGCUAUAAUCC